GUAGUAGCGACUGCCUUCGGGGCCCGGGUUCGGGCAUUUCCGGGAGGCAGCGGGAACAAUCGGCGGGGUUUCCCGACCUCCGACCUGGGGUCGGGGGUCGAAUGGACAUAGCAGAGCACAUGAUUUUGAGACUUUGAGCGAGACACAUCUACUGACCAAGAGAGCUGUGUUUUCUAUACAACAAAGCCGGCAGAGCUAAGCUGCAGAGGAAAAUGGAUAACUGGUCAUCAGGAAAGCAGAAGUUUCUCCCCUACCUAAUGCCACCUGAUACCAGUUUCGAGUCUUUAAGAGCAGAAAAAUAUCCUGACUUUGUUCACCAACCAAGCUCAGAGGUUUCUGAAGACCUUUCCCAUGAUGUAGCAUGGGCUUUCAACAAGCUGGAGUCAGAGGGCUUCUUCUACCGCCAUUGGGUGGUUGUUCAGGGCAAGCAUGUACUGACUCCUGUUUCCAGGACCCUAGUGGGUAACCCAGGCAUGACUUACAGAUAUCUAGGACUCAGAAUAUUUGCCCUUCCCUGGACCUUCGAGGAUGGAAAGGAGCUUAGUGAGGUAGAAAAGGCAUGUAGUAUCAUUGGCAGAUUGAAUCAGUACUUGAAAGCAACAUCCUGUGCUAUAUUGAAGAAAAGACAGGUAGAUGUUCCAAUCCAAAAUACAAAAAUGGCAAGGAGGACGGAUGAAGGAACCGGAAGUACUUUGGAAAACAAAGAUACAAAUGUAAAGGAUAUUGUGGAAAGGUCCACUGAAAGAUUAAGAGAUCAUUCUGAAAGUCAUGUGAGAACUGAUGAAGACUCUGAACAAGGCAACGGUCCUAGAGGCGAAGUACAAGGCUCAGGAGACAGUAUCAAUGCUCCAGGAGAUUCUUUAAUGACAAACAGUGGGAGUGGUUCUGGUGAUGCACCCGAGGAGGAUCUUUACAGAAACAAACGAAAGAGGCAAGAAAUAAGAGCCAAGACAAUUGAAGAAGGAACAGAUUUCAACGUGGCCCUGAUCAAUUACAUGGACCCACUGAAUCCAGAGCUGAAUCUAAAACCAGAGCCCUACUAUGACCUAGGUCCACUAGCUGUUCCUUGGCACAUGGAUGGCAACCUUGUCCGAGGGUCUACUGUAGCAGUCUACAGCUAUAUCUGUGAGGCUGCAUAUGGGGCAGAGAAGAAUAGAGAUUGGAUGAUAGGUAUCAGCAAACCAUGGGAUGAUGUCACUCCAGCUUUAGCUGCUCCCCUAGCCUCUGGUGAUGCAUACUUUAUGCUUGCAGAUCUCAAUGAUACCCACAGGCAUUGUGUCAUAGCUGGGGAUCAGCCAAGAUUUGCCUCAACCCAUAGGGUAGUAGAUAGUAGCCAUGGGACCCUAGCUUACAUCCAAGCACGAUGUCGGUCGGCACUGGAGAACCUCAUCUAUGAAUCGGUUGAAGGAGGAGAAGAGGGGUCUGAUGGGAAGCCAGCACUGAGAAGCCUAGAUUCUGCGGCUCUCCAACUUGUCGAGGAAGUACACAAUGAGGUUGAAUUUGAAUGGCUGAGACAGUUUUGGAUGCAAGGUUCUCGUCAUGCUACGGAGCGUUCAUUCUGGAUUAAACCUAUGGAGGAUUUAGAACACUCUUGGGAAUGUAUGGAGCAUAUGACCAAGCUUGCUAUUGAAGCAUCUCUGAAUAUAGAAUCAUGUCAAGAAGCAGCACGUAUCAUCAGAGACAUCUUGCCUUUCAUCGAGAACAGAGAGAGACAAAGGUGUAUUUGUCUUAAUAGGUAUAGUGGAGAUGCUCUCCUCAGUAUCAAACCAGACCGCCUUCCACUCUAUAGACCGACCUGGGAUGACAGUGACCUUUCACGACCUUUGCCCUUUACCCUAACAAAGGUCAUCAAGAGGUUGAAAGUGAGGCUUAAUGAGUUGCAGUAGGAAUCUUUGUGUACCUGAACAAUCUUAAACCAGACUGCCGUCCAUCCUAUGUCAAUCAUUGACAGUUUUUGACGGAGAUGAUGACACUCGGCCUAUCACUUUCUGUCUCCAGAGACAAGUCUACUGUCUUGUCCAAUUCAAAGCAGUCAAUAAUGUAACUCCACUACUGAUGCUAGAAUGUCAUGUCACUCUGUGUACAACAUGGAUACACCCCCUAUCUUGUGUUAACCUUCUUCCAAGCAUAAAUGAGAGAGAUAGAGUCUACCAGAGACAAGGACAGGAUGCACAACUAGAAAGCUUCAUCUACACAGAGUGACUGGUGUGUGAAUAGUUAUUGGGAUUUACUCUUGGGUAUGAUCCAAUAAUGAUGGAUUUGAUACCAAACUCUUCAUAAACACCCUUCAUUUGGCUUGUAUUCAUGAUAGAUAUGGUUGCCAGGCAUUUGCUCUUGAUACCAGUCUUUAUCUAGGCAAUCUAUAUAUACAUAGCUGGAUACUUAUACCUCGGUCACAUUUGUUCUACGGCGGCUGUACGACUAGUCGAAAACAGCCAUUUUUACAUUUUUUUGU